AUGACCAAUAAGUGGAUGGAGAAAAGCCAAUUCUGCGUUCAGCAUGAAGCCCGCAUGGAGAAGCUUAGCAGUAUGAUGAGCGACCUUGAAGAAGAUAUUGUGUCGUUGCAGACUGAUAAGGAGACCUUAGAGAAGGAGAAAAAAGAGCUGGAGCAAAGGGCGAACAGUCUUGAGGCCAACGCAGCGGAGGCCAAGAAGCAGAAGUUGGAGGCUGAUCUCCUCUUAGGGAAGAAGUUGAAAGAAGCAGAAGAGAGGGCAGCAGAGGCAGCUGUUGAAGCCACUAGGCAGCGUAUUCGAGAUCGAGAGAUCACCGAAAGCAAGCUUGCGAGAGUGGCUGAGGUAGAUACCGCCAAGUAUCUGGAUUUGGCAUUACGUAAUAAGAAGCAGACCCCAGAGGAGAAAUGGGCAAAACUGGAGAUGUAUUGUAAGAACGUUGAUGUAAAGAUAGGAGAGUAUGACGUCGACAAGUAUUUGAACGAGCUUGGGGAUUUGCAGAUUUCUUAUCCGCCGUGUCAUCUGGAGAAGUUGAAGCUGAGGGGUAAUACGCUGGGAUCGAUGUAUAAUGCCAACGGAGAAGCCGUUGAAGAUACUGUUGCCAACGUGGCUUCUGAUAAAAAAGCAUCAGGUUCUGCCUCUGUAGCUGAGGGCAAGUCAGAGGGUGAAAGAGGUGCCGUAGAAUGA